GGGAGACUUUACUGUAGAGGGACACACAACCCAAAAAAUUGUGGACAAGUAACUUCAGAAUCUACAAACUCUCGUGUUUUCCCAGCUGGAUAUUGGCUCAUGAAGACUUGGGAGUCGAGAAGUUUCAAAGUUGGACUAUUAGCAGUACUGCUAUGACUGACGCUGUGCUCCUUUUAGAGGUCCCUUUCAGAAUCCAUUCAAAGCUGUGAAGCAGGAAUCACCUCCAUGUCUCUGCCAUGGUGUGAGUUGUUUGAAUAUUUAACAUUAAGAUUAGUCUCUAAAUGACAGCAACACUUAGCCUUACCUCUCUGUUGAUCAGGUGAAGAUAUUACAAUUUAGCGCUGCAGUAUUAUAGAAAUAUUCAUUACAUUUUAAAAUUGGUUUCCCCUUAAAGAAUGACUAAACUUAUGUUUUUUUAUUAGUAAAUGUCUACAUGCCAGUCAUCACACAUACAGGUCUACGUCCAGUGACUGAGAACCUCUUUCUGAGACGUUUGUGUGUACAAGAAUGGCGUCACCAAGGCCGGCCGGUCAUUGGCUGUAACCAAACGCCAUACACUUGGUAUUAAGGUUGACUGAUGAGGUAAUGUGGCUGAGGACUUGCCAGAUGAUGGUAUAGUCUUAUUUUUAACAAUUCACCCAGAGCAGGAUCACUUCCGGAGUGGAAGAGUUGACCUGUGAGUUGUUGCUUAAAAAUGUUCUUUUUUAAAAAUGUUUUAUCUUCCAAGAGACUCAUUACAAGAUAAAGGGUAAAUAUUUAGUUGUUGUACACACUUAUUUUUUAAAUUUGUGCCUUUAAAACAAAAUGAAAAACUGCCUUGGCCAGAUCGUCUAAUGGAGGUGUUUGACAGACUGCUCAACACUUCAAAGGUCAGAAACUAAAAUUGAGCCAUGCUAUUCGAUGGAAAUGACAUGACUGAAUUUUCCCUUUAAGCAUAGAUUCCAGUGAAUUUUCUGGCAGGGCUGAAUAUGAAUUUCUUACUUUCAAAGUUUAAAAACUAUGAGGGUUGAUGUGUUCACUUGGUGCAAAGACGGACCUGACAAUAUUGUGAUUUUCUUUUUUGCAUUAGCCAGGUGAAUUGAAGGAGGCUUUUGUAAAGUAGCAGAAAAGCCGAUACAUGAAGUAAGAUAGUUUUUAUGUGAUCUGUCUAUAUUGUUUGGUUGUGGAUCUUUUCACGUAGUAUUGAUUUGACUUGAUUUGUCUUCUGUAGUCUCUUUGACAGACAGGUGCCCGUCCAUUCAGCUCAUACUCAUUAACUGUGGCAGGGGCAGGCCUCACAUUACCAACACAGACACCGUGUCUACAGGGCGGCCAUUAGGCCCAACAACAGACCCCUGCUGGGCUCCUGGCAGGGGGAGCUUGUUAAAUGUGUGGGCCCAUUGUUCUCCCAAAUUGGCCUGUGACUCUAAUUGCCCAGUUAGUCCCCUCUUACGGGCUGCGCUCGUCUACCCGAACUGGAACCAGCGUCCCCUCAUCAGAUCGGGCUGUAAAAAUUGGCUGAACUGGGGCUGACAGAGGGCUGUGGCCGGCUGCGAGGGUGCACACCCCUGCUGCAGACGGGGCUGGUUUACAGGCCGUCAGAAUGGGCUUUACUGAGGCAUGUCUGAAGCCACAGGCUGGAUGGGAUAGAGACCUCUUGAUUCAUGAGGGGAAAGUUUGUUUUUUCUUCUUCAAAAGGCCCAGAGGCAUCAACACCAGAUAGACAUCUAAAUCUGGAGACAGACGACAUCCAAACAAAUGCGAUGAUGCUGUAAUGUAGUUCUGUUGUGAGAUUAAGAGGCUUAAACGCAAGAGACGAAGAGAGCGAGACAAAUGAGCACUCGUGUCUUUGCCCCCGGUCUGCGUCUCAGGACAAGGCCUCUGGCCUCUUGAACAGGAUGUUGGCAUGUAGGGACUGGGUGUGCAGUUGCUGCAUGUUUGCUCUGGUUAUUUAUUAUAUUAAAUACUAUUGAAAUAAAUCAGAUUGAAUACUUCAAAAAGAAAUAUUUUUUUUAAUAAGAUCAUAGAACAGAUCCCCAUCAAAUCCUGUCCAAAGGGAAAUUUGUAAGUCCUUGGGAAAACAUUUGCAGCAUCAUAAUGAAGUUGCAUGAACUCAUUUUAGAUUUUAUAACACAUCUUUGUGUUUUCCAUGUGCCGAUUGUACACUAGCUGAUGCUGACAUUUCUUCGCAUCAAACAAAAAAAAGAAGAAGGAGCCUAAUGUUGUUUUUUGCAUGUGGAUCUGGGUUUGUGUUAUUGGCAGAUCAAAGCCAGGUGAGCAGAAGAGAGACGCUACUUUGCUAAUGAGAACUGGAGGCUCUGCCGACGGAACGCCUCCAAUUAGGAAGCGGGGACACAUGAAAGGCUGCAGCGAUAUGAGGGAGACCGCCCGUCUGUCGGGAGAAUCCUUCGAUAUCUCUCCGAGGGACCUUUCACACAUAGGGAUUCUGUUGUUUUUCACAUCUCAGCCGCAAAAAAAAUGAUUGUGCCAUUUUAUGUCCGACCUUUUUCCAAAGCUCUUUAAAAUGCAGGGAAGUGGACAAAAUAACAUCAACGCAUCAUUCAGUUUUGAGCUCGCUGCAAAUGUUGCAUCACAUGUCAGCCGCACGUUUUGUAGUUUGAACAUGAGGAGUUACAGUUUUUAACUUAAAAAAAUUGAAAUACAUUACUUUUUCCUACCUCCUCCUGGACUAUUAAAGCAAAUGAAGCAGAUUCAGCUCUCUGCGACUGGGCCUCAGUCACUCAGUGAAAGCGGGGCUGUGAUUGCCUAUUGCCCCCCCACCCCCUCUUCUCACACACACCCUCCAUCUGCUUACUGCCCCCCUCCCUCUGUCUGCAGUCAUCACAAAACAAGCCGUUGUCUCCAAACACAUCGUCUCGGUCUCUUUGAUAGGUACUUGAUAACAGACUUAGAGACUGAUGGGGCUGGCUGACCUUGCUGUAUAUAAGGCCGGCAGCGGCAGUCACGAAGCCAUUCAAGGACAGCACUGUCUUCUGACAACAAGCGACCGAUUUCAUCCCUCUCGUCCGACUCUCUGGAUCUUUUUCGCGACCACUCCAGUAUGGCCGUGUUCCUCACCGUGGCUCUCCUGGCUAUGGCGCAUCUAUCGAUGGCAUUGUUUGACAUGGGCCAGUCCACUCGCUGCGUCACCAUCCCCAACCAGAUGAAGGUCUGCAAAGAUGUGGGCUACUCGGAGAUGCGCCUGCCCAACUUCUUGGGCCACAGCAACCUGGAGGGCGAGGUGGUGCCGCGUUCAGAGGAUUGGAAGCCCCUGUUGCAGACGGGCUGCCACCCUCAAGCCCAGGCCUUCCUCUGCUCCCUCAUCGCCCCCGUCUGCCUUGACACUUUUAUCCAGCCCUGCCGUAGUCUGUGUGUGGCGGUGAGGGACAGCUGUGCCCCGGUGCUCGCCUGCCAGGGUCACCCGUGGCCCGAGGCUCUCGAUUGUGACCGCUUCCCUGCUGAAGAGGACAUGUGCCUUACUCCCCACGCAAAAUUUAGUCACUUUGCCAAAGACCUGCCUAAGCCUGCUUGCCAAAACUGUCCUGCUGUGGAAGAGGCUCCUACUAUGAAAACAGUCCUGGAUGCUUUUUGCCAGCAUGACUUUGCUGUAACAGCCAAACUUCAUCGUCUUCGCCUACCCACGGGAGAGCCCGAAUUCGAGGUGGAGGGCCGGGUCGAGUUUAUCCGUCAAGGACCUCUCCUGUCCUACGACACCCAGCACCUGCUCCAGCAGUGGCUCCUCAUCAACCUCCAGUGUGCCAAUGUGCUUGUGCGCCCUGGACGGUCGCAGCUGUACGUGCUGACUGGUUCCGUGCAGCCCGACGGCACUCUCGCCCUCACCCGGCUCUUCCCUUGGCACAAAAAGGACACAAACAUUGCGGUGGCCACUCGUAAGUGGAAGCACCACAGGUGUUGAAUGGCCCGACCCUAUAUGAAAUAUAAAUACUGUAACUCUGAAUCAGUGUUUUAAGUGUAGAAUCUCCUCAAAUCUUCUAGGAUUCCACACGUCAUAUGCACAUGAUUUGAGAAAGGAAAAAAAACAAAUGGAGGAGGAAGAUAAAGGAACAGAGCUGGACAUCCCUCGGUAGCUCGCUGUGUCAUCUCUGUUCUUACAGCACAC